AUGACGUGUACUGUAGGAGCUUCAUGCAUAAGAAGAGAAAAUAAGAAAGAGAAGCAAGUGGCAGUGCUGGCUACUGCAGAGCUGCCUGCAAAGGCCGUGGAUCUGGCUGCUAUCAACCUGACAGAGCUGGUGAACAGUAUGCUGAACACAGUGCUCAGAGGUACCAAAAAACUCUUCUCUUUGCUGAGCAUCACGUCUUACAGCUCGUUUGCCUUCCACAAAGUGUCAGUCACCAUUUAUAACAUCUCUAACAUGAAAAACGUUGACCCUGGCAAGUUCCCUAUGCAUUACUGCUACUGUUUGAACAACGUGACAAAUGGCUUGACAGAUUUUACAGCUUUACUUGUUGAUAUUAUCGGAAACUCCACCAGUUAUCUCACAGAAAUUUUCAAAUCCAGCUCUAUUCUCUCAGUGCGUCAGAGCAAUGACUCAGAUUGUAUCUACAUUUGUGUGAUGACAGGGCAGACAGGGACAAAUCUGUCUGACUUUUGGGAAAUGCUGGAGAAGUCUCCUGUUAUUAAUUACACAUUUUCCAGUAACACAUCUUCUGACCUGGCUGACACAGAUGAAUUUUGGAUGCAGACAGUGUUGCCUCUAGACAGCAGCAAGCUGAUGCACACGGAGCCAGAUUUUCCUUCCUCAGUGCUGUCUACGCCACCCUACAAGUCUGGUGUGACACUGAAGCUUUACUCUGCUACCAAGUGUUCACAGGCAAUCCUCAAAGAGCCCCGUGUGACCUCACCUCCUGUCACUCUUAUUGUGCAAAAGAUCAAUCCCUGUGUGAUGGAGCUCUGCAGGUUUUUCCAGCUGUGCCUCUGUGUUGGUCAGAGAAGAUAUUCCAGAAAGGAAGCCAUGAGGUACUGUGUUGAAUACUAUUCCUGGUUCUUAAAAAAUGCCAGUUAUGUCUGUGAAAGAGUCAAAAGGGUUGCUUACUCCAACACAUUAAAACAAAAAUGCCUUAAAAACAUCUGUACAUCAGUCUAG